AUGCCGGCUGGAACUCCCAGCAGCUCCCGCCGCUCGCGCCCAACGCUCCGCAAUGCUACAUUUGUUCUUCCCAAAACAGGCCAACGCCUGAGAGGCCUCGUUAACCUCCGAGACCCCACGCCCAUACCCGACGACGAGAACGAUGAAAGGCGCGGCCUCCUCACAAACGAGAUCCAACAUUACGAGGGGUAUUUUGACGCGCUAAAACGCCGUACACACGAUAAAUGGAUGCAAACAAAUCAGUUCAUUAGGUCAGAACCGGGGAUUGGGAUCUUGAAGUACAGUCUUGCCUAUUUGGCCGGAUCUCUUGCAACCUUUAUCCCUGCAGUCUCAGCCUUGCUGGGCCAUCAGGAUGGGAAGCACAUGGUGGCUACGGUGACGGUCUACUUUCAUCCGGCCAGGUCUCAGGGUGGGAUGUUCAAGGCAUUAAUCUGCGCGUUCCUGGCGUUCUGCUAUUCUUCCCUCUUGACUAUUACCAGCAUGUUCGUGGAGAUGUUUUUUCAGGACACAUUGGAACUGCCUGUUCUUGGCCACGCGGUGGUUUUGAUAGUAUUUUGUGGCGGUGGGCUUGGCUUCGUGGGUUGGACCAAGCAACGACUGGGAGAUCCUCUGGUGAACGUUGCCUGUUCACUCACUUCUCUAGCAACAAUCACCAUCUUGACCAAGGAAGGUGCUGUGCAAAGCGGCGACUUGUCCCUUGCCAAGAUCUUCCAGGUCUUAAAGAUGGUCGUAAUGGGCGUGAUAGCCGUCAUGGUUGUUUCAUUUUUCGUCUUCCCCAUAUCAGCGCGUCAAAAGCUGCGCUCGAACCUCGUCACGGUCACUGAUACAUUGGCCCUCAUGAUGGCACUCAUCACAGAAAGCUUCCUGAGCGGGACUGAAGAAGUCCUUAGCUCGGCUGAAUUUGUUGAUGCCGAGGCAAGGCAUCGCAAAGCCUAUAGCCAGCUCGACAGGCUCGUGCGAGAAGCUAAACUUGAGCACUAUGUAGCAGGCACCGAAAAGAGCCUUCGUAAUGCAGCUGCUCUCCAGUUUAGUUUGAUUCGUGAGACAAUUGCCCGUGAAUCUGGCUCUCCGGAAGAUCAGCAGGGUAGCUCGACUCAUGUUGAUUAUUUCACACCCCUCGAACGAUCCUGGUCAUUCCCCGAUGGGUCCUUUUUGGAGCCCAUCGUUGAGAGACCAGAGGAGGAACUAUCUCCAGGCGCUUCUAUACGUUCUCACCAGCUUGGAAGUGGUGAAUCGACACCCAGGCCCACACUUCUUCCGGCGGAUAUCUUCACUAUCUUCAUCUCUCACUUGGGUCCAUCAAUGCGAUCGUUGGCCUUUACAUUGAAAGAGAUCUUCAAGGAGAUUCCAUUUGGGCCUGCACCGAACUACAGGGUCUCAGUGAAUGGUCGACUGCGAAUCAGUCUUGACAGGGCGCUUGAUCUUUACAAAGAAUCGCGCCAGGCCACGCUCGCAUCCCUGUAUCAGCAGAAAGAAACCAUGAAACUUAAGACCCGCGAAGCCGAGGCCGAUCUUGAGGAAGUAUCAGCCAGCUGUAGCCAUUUUAGUUUUUCACUCCUCGAAUUUGGAGAGCAGCUCAAAGAGAUGCUUUCCAUUUUGGAUGAGCUGCAGCUGGAAGUCGAAGAGCGGCCUAAUGGGCGAACCUGGUCAUGGCUCAAAGUGUGGCAGUGGUCAAGGACUACAGAGGCUGCUAAAUUGGCCUCCUUUGGUGCUGGUACGCGAGAUGAUACGAAAUACGCGAUCAAGGUUGGGGCAGGAGCUGCAAUCUACGCUCUACCUGCUUUCCUUCCUUCAACCCGUCCGUUCUACGGACGUUGGCGGGGAGAAUGGGGCCUGUUGUCCUACAUGCUGGUAUGCUCAAUGACAAUCGGGGCUUCGAACACGACGGGGUAUGCCCGGUUUCUUGGCACUUGCUUGGGGGCAGUCGCUGCUAUUGUGGCAUGGAAGAUCACCGCUGGGAACGUAUUCGGUCUUGCAUUCUUGGGAUGGAUAAUGGCCGUCUGGACUGGAUACAUCACUAUUGUUCGUGGAAAUGGGCCCAUGGGCCGGUUCAUCAUGCUCACUUACAACCUCUCCGUUCUAUACGCCUAUUCCCUCUCUCAGAAAGGGGCAAACUUCGAUGAAGACGAAGGCGGUUCUAAUCCAAUCAUGACUGAAAUUGCACUUCAUCGGGUUGUUGCUGUGUUUUCUGGGUGCAUUUGGGGGGUCAUCAUCACUCGAAUGAUUUGGCCCGUCAGCGCAAGACGUAGGCUCAAGGAUAGUCUGAGUCUUCUCUGGCUGCAUUUGAGCCUUAUCUGGAAGCGUGACCCACUCUCCACUAUGGCGAAGGAUACAAGAUCUAUUUUAUACAUGAACCCCCGAGAGAAGCUUGAGAUUGAAAGAUUUUUGUCGCGAUUGGAGUCUCUUCAGGCUGCAGCAGGCUCUGAAUUUGAACUGAAGAGUGCGUUCCCUGAAGUCUCGUAUGCCAGGAUUGUUCGCCGUACACGCAGCAUGGUGAAUUCUUUCCAUACCAUGAACAUCGAGCUGAUGAAGAACGACAUGGCUACUGAAGGUGAAAUCAGCCUUCUUCAAUACACAAAAUCGGAACGACACCAGCUAUCUGCUCGCGUGAGCCAUCUAUUAACAGUGAUUGCUUCGUCAAUGAAACUCGAGUACCCUUUGAGUGAUGUGCUCCCUAGCAUUGAGCAUGCCCGAGACCGGUUGCUUGCUCGCAUCUAUCGCUAUCGCCUGGAUCGUCAAGCAUCUCAACAGACCACAGAUGAGGACUGUGCUUUGCUUUACGCCUAUAUUUUGGUAACAGGCCAAUUAUCGAAUGAGAUUACGGAGAUCAUUGCGGAGAUUGGACAACUCUUUGGAGUAUUAAAUGAAGAUGUAGUGCAGCUAGCAUAA